GGAAGGAGCCUAGCGUGGUUUCCUGCGUCGCGGGCUCCAGGACCGCCCCUCCCGGUGCUUCAUUCACCUCACACUGCGGUGCGUUUGUCCUGGGGAAGUUGAGCGGGCCGCGGAGUGAACGGUGGAGUCUCUUGCUGAGCCUGGAGCUCCCCAAUUCCAGGAGUCACUCAGGUCACCCUGACUGGAAGUCGGCUGACUGGCGUCACUGAAGCAACAGCUCCUGAGUUUGAAGAAAAGAGGCUCCUGGCCCGGGACAGAGGAUUGCAGCCCUUCUUCCGGGAACUCUCUGGACGCAUCUUCCCAGCAUCCUCUAGCAAAGAUGCGUCAGCUCAAGGGGAAGCCAAAGAAGGAGACAUCCAAGGACAAGAAGGAGCGGAAGCAGGCCAUGCAGGAGGCCCGGCAGCAGAUCACCACAGUGGUGCUGCCCACCCUGGCUGUGGUGGUGCUCCUGAUCGUGGUGUUCGUGUAUGUGGCUACGCGCCCCGCAGUCACCGAGUGAGCCCCUCUGUUCCAGCUCUCCUCUGCAGAGAUGUCUACAGCUCCGAGCUCUCAGCAGGAGGGCCCUAUCUUCUCUGCUCUUUGACUUGACUAAAAAUUUCUCUACUUGUUUGGGGGAGGGAAUAGGGAAUAUUUUAUCAGUGAAUGUGCCAUACACCUGAUGGUCCACUUCAUGUGCCUUUCAGACUUCAGUGUGUGUGUGUGUGUGUGUGUGUGUGUGUGUGUGUGUGCGUGUGUUUCUUUUUCUGCUGAAAUUGAUGCAUAACUGCGCCUGGGGAGCCGAGGACUCUCUGGGUGAGGCUGUUGGUUGGAAUCAGUGCCACCUCCCUCCCAUCCCUGCAACAUGCUCUCCUGCUCCUGCUCACGACUUCCUAAGGGGACAGCAUUUCUGCUCUGUGCUUGAUGGGAUUUGAAAUAUGUUGAUUCAAAGUGAAAUAUUUAUUUUUUGAAUAAAGGAGAUAAUAGUCUUAAA